AUGUCAGACCUCAAGCCUCUCCGCAUCGUCAUGGCCGGCGACGACGCCGGCGUCGACUACAAGCUCGCCAUCAAGGCCCUGCUCGAAAAGAGCCCGCUGGUCGAGUCGGUCGUCGAUGUAGGCGUCACCACGACCUCUGACAAGACCGCCUAUCCUCACCCGGCUGUCGAGGCUGCGCAACGGAUCGCCGCAGGCCAGGCUGAUCGUGGCCUCUUCAUCUGCGGCACUGGUCUCGGCGUCGCCAUCGCUGCCAACAAAGUUCCCGGCAUUCGCGCCGUGACCGCCCACGAUCCUUUCUCGGUCGAGCGCUCCGUUCUGAGCAACGACGCGCAGGUGCUCUGCUUUGGCCAGCGUGUUGUCGGUAUUGAGUUGGCUAAGAAGCUUGCUCUCGACUGGCUCACCUACCGCUUCGACCCCAAGAGCAGCUCGGCCGCCAAGGUCCAGGCCAUUAACGACUACGAGAAGAAGCUCAACGCUUAG